UUAAUUAAAAAUAUUUUUAUUUAUGAAAAAAGCAUUGGUGUUAUAACUCCAUUUGAUGAGAAAGAAGUGAUUCUUCAUGUUGGUCAUAUUAGCAAUGUGCCUUGUAUAUUUUUGGCUCGUCAUGGAUCUGAACACAAUAUAUCACCAUCGCGCAUUAAUUUUAGAGCAAAUUUAUGGGCGAUGAUGGUAUCAGGUGUGAAGGUGAUCUUAGCUACUGCAGCCUCAGGUAGCUUGAAAGAACAAAUCAAACCUGGUUCACUUGUUUUUCUUGAUUCAUUCAUUGAUAAAACCAUAAAUCGAGAAAAAACCUUUCAUGAUGGUAUUGUUGGUCAUCCGAAAGGUGUUUCACAUAUUCCAUCUCAUCCAAGUUUCAAUGCAAAACUACGAAAGGUAUUAAUCACUACUGCCGAAGAACUCAAACUGGAUUUUUGUGCAAGUGGAACUGGUAUCUGCAUUGAAGGUCCCAGAUAUUCGUCAAAAGCUGAAAGUUUACUUUUUCGACAAUGGAAUGCUGAUAUAGUAAAUAUGACGUUAUGCCCUGAGGUCUAUUUAGCGAAAGAACUUGGGAUUCCUUACGCAACAACGGCUUUAGUUACCGAUUACGAUUGCUGGAAAGAAGAUUUCGGAGUCACUGUAGAUGUUGUUUCAAAAAUGCUGGAGGAAAAUGUCAGUAAAACUGAGAAACUGUUUGCUGCAGCAAUAAAAAAAAUCGGCGAAAUCGAUUGGUCUGAAGAAAUUCGUGCAGCAAAGGUUUUUUUUAUUCUGCAUAACUUAUAA